GGCUUUCACCACGUGGCUUCGCCUUUUUUUUUUUUUUUUUUCCGCUCCAUUUUUUUUUUCAAGUCGAUUUUAUUUAGAGGCGGCGCCAGGGCGGCCGCGGAGAAACGUGACACACCAGCCCGCUUGGAGGGGUUUCGGACAGAAGGGAAGGAGCCGCGCCGCGUCGUCCGCCUCCCAGCGCGCCGCGGGCACUUCUCCCGGGCCUCCCCGAACUCUCCCGCGACCUCUGCGCGCCCUCCGGCCGCCUUCCCCUCCUCGGCUCCGGACAACUUCAGGGGUGGGGUGCAAAGAAAGUUUGCGUCUGCUGCCGCCGCCUCCCGCCUCGGCCUAGGAGGCUCGCCGCCCGCGCCCGCCCGCUCGGCCUUGCCCAGGACUGCGUCCUGCCCGAGACCGCCACCAUGAACAAGCUGUACAUCGGCAAUCUCAACGAGAGCGUGACCCCCGCGGACUUGGAGAAAGUGUUUGCGGAGCACAAGAUCUCCUACAGCGGCCAGUUCUUGGUCAAGUCCGGCUAUGCCUUCGUGGACUGCCCCGACGAACACUGGGCGAUGAAGGCCAUCGAAACUUUCUCCGGGAAAGUGGAGCUGCAAGGAAAACGCCUAGAGAUUGAACACUCCGUCCCCAAAAAACAAAGGAGUCGAAAAAUACAGAUCCGAAAUAUUCCACCCCAGCUUCGAUGGGAAGUACUGGACAGCUUGCUGGCUCAGUAUGGGACAGUGGAGAACUGCGAGCAAGUGAACACCGAGAGUGAGACAGCAGUGGUGAAUGUCACCUAUUCCAACCGCGAGCAGACCAGGCAAGCCAUCAUGAAGCUGAACGGCCACCAGCUGGAGAACCACGCCUUGAAGGUCUCCUAUAUCCCUGAUGAGCAGAUAGCACAGGGUCCCGAGAACGGGCGCCGAGGCGGCUUUGGCUCUCGGGGUCAGCCCCGCCAGGGCUCUCCUGUGGCAGCGGGAGCCCCAGCCAAGCAACAGCAAGUGGACAUCCCCCUGCGGCUCCUUGUGCCCACCCAGUACGUGGGCGCCAUCAUUGGCAAGGAGGGCGCUACCAUCCGCAACAUCACGAAACAGACCCAGUCCAAGAUCGACGUGCACAGGAAGGAGAACGCAGGCGCUGCCGAGAAGGCCAUCAGCGUGCACUCGACCCCCGAGGGCUGCUCCUCUGCCUGUAAGAUGAUCUUGGAGAUUAUGCACAAGGAGGCAAAGGACACCAAAACGGCUGACGAGGUUCCCCUGAAGAUCCUGGCCCAUAAUAAUUUCGUGGGGCGUCUCAUUGGCAAGGAGGGGCGCAACCUGAAGAAGGUGGAGCAGGACACAGAGACGAAAAUCACCAUCUCUUCGCUACAGGACCUCACCCUCUAUAACCCCGAGAGGACCAUCACCGUGAAGGGCGCCAUCGAGAACUGCUGCCGGGCCGAGCAGGAGAUCAUGAAGAAAGUUCGGGAAGCCUAUGAGAAUGACGUGGCUGCCAUGAGUCUGCAGUCUCACCUCAUCCCCGGCCUGAACUUGGCUGCUGUAGGCCUUUUUCCAGCCUCCUCCAGUGCAGUCCCACCACCUCCCAGCAGCGUCACCGGAGCUGCCCCCUACAGCUCCUUUAUGCAGGCUCCAGAGCAGGAGAUGGUGCAGGUGUUCAUUCCUGCCCAGGCAGUGGGCGCCAUCAUCGGCAAGAAGGGGCAGCACAUCAAACAGCUCUCCCGUUUCGCCAGCGCUUCCAUCAAGAUUGCUCCUCCUGAAACUCCGGACUCCAAACUUCGUAUGGUCAUCAUCACUGGACCCCCAGAGGCCCAAUUCAAGGCUCAGGGAAGAAUUUAUGGAAAACUCAAGGAGGAGAACUUCUUUGGUCCCAAGGAGGAAGUAAAGCUGGAGACCCACAUCCGGGUGCCAGCGUCGGCAGCUGGCCGGGUCAUUGGCAAAGGUGGCAAAACGGUGAAUGAGCUGCAAAAUUUGACAGCAGCUGAGGUGGUGGUGCCGAGAGACCAGACCCCUGAUGAGAACGACCAGGUCAUCGUCAAGAUCAUUGGGCAUUUCUAUGCCAGCCAGAUGGCUCAGCGGAAGAUACGAGACAUCUUGGCCCAAGUCAAACAGCUGCACCAAAAGGGACAGAGUAACCAGGCCCAGGCCCGGAGGAAGUGACCGGCCCCUACCCAUCACGUCGGCUCAAGGACAACAGGCCGAAAUCGAGAGCACGUUCUCCCCAGCAGGCCUGAGAAUGAGCGGGAAUCAGGGACACUUGGGCCGGGAUGUAGAUCAGGUUUGCCCACUUGCUUGAGGAAGUUGUUCCAGUGAGGAACCCUGAUCUCUCAGCCCUAAACACCCAACCGAUUGGCCCAACACUGCCCACCCCUGAGGGUGUCACCAUGGAAAUUCUAGCUCAGGGUGCUUUUAAACGUGGAUUGUUUAAGUUCUCUAGGUCCCACCGAGAGGGUGGGUCAGACCCCAGUGGGAAGAGAAAUAAAAUUUCCUUCAGGCUUUUAAAACA